AUGGCUGACGAACGUGGCUCGCUGAAAACAACCGGCCCACAAGGCUAUGGUGCCAUUAGCGGAAGCAGUAGCCUAUCAACGGCUCCACCGGAUGAUUUAUACGAGUCUGAAAAUGUGCAGGGAUGGAGGGGUAUUAAAUAUAGACUUCGCGAACUGUUUGCCGAAACAUUGGGAACGUUCGUCUUGGUUGCAUUUGGUCUUGGAGGUGUGGCGCAGACUGUGCUGAGCAAAGGAGGGAAUGGGAAUUGGUUUACUCUUGCGCUGUCGUUCGGAUUAGGCUUGACCUUUGCGAUCGUCGUUGCUGGCAGGAUUUCGGGUGGUCACUUUAACCCAGCGGUAACCAUUACGUUGGCCGUAUAUCGUCAAUUUCCCUGGAUCAAAGUUCCACUCUAUACAAUCGCUCAAACAACCGGUGCGUUUAUCGCCGCGUUCGUAAUCUUUACAAAUUAUUACCCAGCGAUAAAUGCAUUCGAUGGUGGACACCGCGCCGUCACGGGAGUUAAUGCCACUGCUGGCAUCUUUGCGACAUACCCACAACAGUUUGUUGGAACGACGGCAGCAUUCAUUUCCGAGGCACUUGGUACGUUCUUCUUGCUCCUUGUCAUUUUAGCAGUAACGGAUGAGAAGAAUGAGGCAGUAAAACCGGCAGCACCAUUCCUUAUUGGAUUGUCGCUUACGACCAUUGGUAUUGCAUUGGGUUAUGAGACUGGCUUCAGUUUGAAUGGUGCAAGAGAUUUUGGUCCGAGGUUGUUUACGGCAAUCGCCGGGUAUGGACUCGAUGUAUUUACAGUUGACCAUUGGUAUUUCUGGGUGCCCCUUGUUGCACCUGUCUUUGGUGGAUUGGUUGCCGGAUUCGUAUAUGAUUCCUUUAUUUAUACUGGAAAGUCGCCCUUAAACAGGGCUUAA